AUCUGUCAAUCGGCUUCUCCUGCCUUUUCUAGAUCUAGGUCUUCCGGUUUUAACAGACUAGGAAUCGAAUUCGAAGCUCAAAGCCUGGAAAACCAGAGACCCGUUGAAGCUUUUCCACAAAUUUCAAUGGCGGAUCCAAGUCGGAAGCCUGCAGACCCUUCAGAGGAAGACGUAAAGGCGCCAAAUUUACUUGAAAGAGUCAAGGAAGAGUUUCAAGCAAUAACACAUUCGCCUAGCCAUCACAAGGAAACUCAUGGUUCAAGCAAUAACAUUGAUGAGGAUACCCCAAUAGAUGAAGUGAAAGGACCUAAUUUGUUUGAGAGAGCAAAGGAAGAGAUUGAGGCUGUGGUUCAGGGCCUUCAGGCAGUUCACCCAAAGAAAUAAUCUGGUAUUCAGUUGUAAGAUUGCCCUUGAAAUGGCGCAUUUCUUCUGAUAAUGUUUUGCUUUGCUUUGCUUUUCUAAUUGAUGAACUUAUGACAAUGGUUUUAUCAUCUAGAUGUAUUUACUCACUUCUGCCCCUUUAGCCAUAAAGGCAUAUAUCAACAUGGGAAUUUUUCUUGAA